AUGACGGCCAUGUCUGCAACACUCAACUACGACUGGAACGUCACCUGGAUGACAGCCAAUCCUGAUGGGAUGAUGGAGCGUCCGGUGAUAGGAAUCAAUGGACAGUGGCCGCUCCCCGUGCUGAAUUUCACACGCGGAGACCGGGUCAUCGCAAAAGUCCACAACGGCCUAGGCAAUGAAAGCACCAGUAUUCAUUGGCAUGGCUUCUAUCAGAAUGGUACCAAUGAGAUGGAUGGACCUCCUCAUGUCACUCAAUGUGAUAUCCCCCCGGGGGCCACGAUGGUCUACAACUUCACGGUUGACCAGACAGGAACAUACUGGUACCACUCACACUCGCGGGGGCAGUACCCCGAGGGGUUGCGACAGGCUUUGGUGAUCACUGACCCCAAAAACCCUUAUGCUGGGCAGUAUGAUGAAGAGCUUGUCCUGACCUUGUCGGAUUGGUAUCACGAUCAAUUCCGAUACCUUCUAGAAGGCUUUAUCAGCGUGACGAAUCCUACUGGCGCAGAGCCCGUACCGAACUCUGCUCUUAUGAAUGAUACUCAAAACCUCACGAUCCCGGUUGAGCAGGGCAAAACUUACCUCCUACGUUUGGCUAACGUUGGUGCAUUUGCGAGUCAGUAUUUCUGGAUUGAGGGCCACACCAUGAGGAUUGUAGAAGUGGACGGGGUUUGGACAGACGCAGCAGAGACCGAUAUGAUCUACAUCACAAGCGCGCAACGCUACAGCGUCCUAGUGACAAUGAAGAAUGAGACGAGUCAGAACUACGCCAUGGUGGGAAGUAUGGACACGGAGCUAUUCGAUAGUCUGCCUCCGACUUUGAACUACAACGUCACAGGAUGGCUGGUAUACAACGACCAAGCCGAAAAGUCUGCGCCCGCCGAGUUAUCUUCCUUUAAUCCAUAUGACGACUUCAACCUCAGACCAGCUGACGGCAUGGAGUGUCUUCCCGACGCCGACUACACUAUAACUUUGGACAUGAAAAUGGACAACUUGGGCGACGGGGCCAACUAUGCCUUUUUCAAUGACAAAACCUAUGUGAUGCCCAAGGUUCCUACCCUCUAUUCCGUCUUGACCACUGGGUCGGCAGCGACGGACCCGGCCAUCUACGGGACGGAUAGUCUUGCCUAUGUCCUGCAAAAAAACGAUGUGGUUGACAUUAUUCUGAACAACGGUGACGAUGGGAAACACCCUUUCCAUCUCCACGGACGCAAUUUCCAGCUCAUCCACCGAAGUCCAGAAAAUGCAGGGCACUUUGACGCCAGCAACCCACCACCAUUUGCGACUGUCCCGAUGCGACGAGAUACAGUCACCCUCGAACCACUGGGAAAUUUUGUUCUUCGGUUCCGUGCUGAUAAUCCAGGUGUCUGGCUUUUUCACUGCCAUAUUGAAUGGCACAUGGACUCUGGACUCGUAGCUACCUUUAUUGAGGCACCCCUCGACAUCCAGCGGAGCAUCACAAUUCCCGAUGAUCACUUGCAAGUUUGCAACAUCAGCGGCUCUAUGACAGCCGGAAACGCGGCCGGUAAUACUGAAGAUCUUUACGAUCUGACCGGUGAAAGCAGAGCGCCGCCACCAUUGCCGGAGGGUUUCACUCCGGGGGGCAUCGUGGCUCUGGUGUUCAGCUGCAUUGCGGCUGUUCUUGGAAUGGUUUCCAUUGUUUGGUAA